AUUCAACCUCUGGAUCCAGUCUAAAAGCAGUACAGUCACACCCUGGACCAAGCCUGAGUCUCAGUCAGUCAAUAUCUGGACUGAAAGAAAUACAGGCACAUUUUGGUACCUGACUCAAAAUGAUGCAGUUAGGCCUUGGUCCCAGCUUGAAUCUCAAAUGACAUCUUCUGGGACCCAAAAUGGUAUAAGUAGCUCUUGGACUCAGUAUGAAACUAGUACAGUCAGAUCCUGGACCAAGCUUGAAAUCAGUACAGUGCAACCCUGGAUUCAGGUUGAAACUGCUACAAUUAGAUCACGGACCCAGUCUGAAAAUAUAGAAAUAUACCCCCUGACCCAGUUAGAAGCUGGUACAGUAAUAAGACACUGGUUCCAGACUAAACUGGAUUCAAUAAAACCUUGGAACCAGCCUGAAGCCAAUACAAUUAGAUCAUGGACUCAACCUGAAACUGAAACAAUCCAAAUUUGGAUCCAGACAGAGGGGCAAGUAGUAAAACCUCCAACUUCAUUGGAACUUGAUACAAUUACAUCUUGGUUACAGACUCAAAGUGAUACAGUUCAACUUGGAUUAAAUCUGACUCCCAAUCUGUCAGUCCCUGGAGUCAGGCUGACAGUAUAAAUCACCCCUGGAUUCAGCAAAGUGGUACUGUGAAUCAACCCUACUCAGAAAUCCAAACAGUCAGACCCUGGAUGAAGCUAGAACCUGAUGCACUUAGAUCUUGGUUCUACAUUCCAAUGAAUAAAGUCAGACCAUCGACCAAUUCCGAAUCUCAGAUCUUCAGCUCCGGGUUGCAGCCUGAAGUUGGUAUGUUUCACCCUUGGAUCCAUCCUGAAACCCAAGCAGUGAGAUCCGGGGCCCACCCUGAAACUGCCACCCUUUUAAGAAAAGAACCUUCUCUGAUGCCUGGGUCUCAAUCUGGAACCAAGUCUCAUCAGCCUGAACAAGAUCCUCUCAAGUAUUCACAACUCAACGUUUCUUUGGCUGAGUGUCACCUAGGUGUGGCCUGGAAAGAGAGUGUCCAGGCUUUCUGGCUCUUCAAGACAGCUGUUAUUUCUCAUGAAGCCACAGAGUGUGGAUUACGACCUGGCCUUGUGCCCCACUGUCCCAACUGCUGGGAGGCAGACGUGGGUGAAUUUCCUUGGAUGGUUUCCGUGCAACUCUCUUUCUCCCAUUUCUGUGCUGGCUCUGUACUGAAUGAACAGUGGAUCCUUACCUCAGCUAGAUGUGCAAAUUUCAUAGGAGAACCUGGAGCAAGAGAAAAAUAUACAGCUGUAUGACUGCUGGC